CCAAUGCUCGGUCACGAGCAAUGGGAGGACAUUGUCGCACGUCAUUAUACGCUUCUGUGUGAGUACUAUGACUUCUUGACAACCACGCAGGAUUACUCUGCCAGUCCAAAAUUGCGUGAGCUUGCGAGCAAGUAUGCAAUGCCAGCGCGUUUGUGGGAGAAGGGGAUACGUUCCUUGUUGAAAAGACUA